AUGGCCACACCGGCCAGCCCUCACGACUGCGCGGCCCGGCUCCACCCGCCUGCCCGCUGCUCCCCGGCCGUCCGUGCGACUGUCCCCCCCGCCGCUUGUCCCCCGGCCGGCUGCCCCCACGGCCAGUCCGCUCGGCCCGAGCCGCCCCGCACCCCGCCUGAGCCGGAGGCCGAGGGCUGCCUGGCCUCGAGGGCCUGUGCAUCAGUGAGGGACAAGCAGACAGGAAACCAGAGCGUGUCGACACCUGCCGAAAACUCCUACCUAUACUCCACUGAGAUAACACUCUGGACUGUGGUGGCCGCUGUCCAGGCCAUGGAGACGAAAGUGGACUCCUGCCUGGCCCGUUUGCUGGCCCAAGAGGGGCGCAUGGGAACGGCCGAGAAGAAGGUGGCCGACUGUGAGAAGACGGCCGUGGAGUUCGGCAACCAGCUGGAGGGCAAGUGGGCCGUGCUGGGGACGCUGCUGCAGGAGUACGGGCUGCUGCAGCGGCGGCUGGAGAACAUGGAGAACCUGCUCCGCAACAGGAACUUCUGGAUCCUGCGGCUGCCCCCGGGCAGCAAGGGCGAGGUGCCCAAGGUGCCCGUGACCUUCGAUGACGUGGCCGUGUAUUUUUCUGAGCAGGAGUGGGGGAAGUUGGACGAGUGGCAGAAGGAGCUGUACAAGCACGUGAUGAGGGGCAACUACGAGACGCUGGUCUCCCUGGACUAUGCCAUCUCCAAGCCUGACAUCCUUGCCCGAAUAGAGAGGGGGGAGGAGCCUUGUCCUGAGGACCAUCAGGAGAUUCUGUGCCCCAGGAAUCCGACAUCUGGUCCAGUGCACGUGCCCAGCCCAGACAGCGCAGCCCAGGAGGAACCAGGAUCUGGGCAGGAGCCUGGACACCAGUGGGCCUCAGAUGUCAGAGUGACACCCACUGGGUCAUGCCAUGGGUUGCCGGCCAGCACCCACGUUCUGUCCAUGGUUAAACAGGAGCAGGAUUCCUCCAGUGAGGACCCGUCUGCUUCCUCGUCCAGGGACACCUUGCCUGACUCAGGCCCAGCUAACCAUCUGAAUGACUUUUUAGCCACCUACCAAGGCCAGGGCCUCAUGGGCAGGAUUCAGACUUUGUGGGUGUGCAUGUGGAGGCAGGCCUGGAGGAAGCCCAUGGGUGUGGGAGCUGGCAGCCUGGUCAUCAAGACUGAAGACCCGUCUGAGGAUGAGCUGAUGCCAGAACAGCUCUUUGUGGCCGACUUGCCUGGCCAGGCCGAGUGUGGAAGCUCCAAAGAGCCCAGGGACAGAGCCCAGACGCCUAGCCGCAGCCACAGCCGCCCUGUACCCAGGGCGCGGCCUGUAACCUCCAGCGAGCUGCGACGCACCCUCCCUCGCCAGCGGCAGCGGGCCUUCUCCUGCCCAGACUGCGGCCAGAGCUUCCGUCUGAAGAUUAACUUGACCAUCCACCAGCGGACACACACUGAGGAGUCCGGGGCCCAUGGCAGCCCGCCGUCUACGCUGGAGCCUGGCGAGGUGGUGGCAUCCGGCCCUGUCAUUGGCUGGCUGCCCGAUGAGGCCGCGGCCAAGGUGUACCACUGCAGCGAGUGCCUGCGCAGCUUCCAGCGGCGGAAAAGCCUGCUGCUGCACCAGCGGCUGCACACGGGUGACAGCCAGGACUGGCCCACUUGUCCCUACUGUGGCAAGGCCUUUCGCCGGCCCUCCGACCUCUUUCGCCACCAGCGCAUCCACACGGGCGAGCGGCCCUACCGGUGCCCGCAGUGCGGACGCGCCUUCAACCGCAACCACCACCUGGCGGUGCACCUGCAGGCCCACGCGCGAGCCCAGGUGGACCUUCAGGUAUUUGGGGCACGCCAUGGCCGGGCCAGUACGAGGACUGCUUCCCCUCGUGGUCGUGGCCCUGCCCAGGGGAGCUUUCUCGUUCCACCUGGUAGCAGUGGCCACGAGGUUCUUCGGAGAGGGCCAGACCUGGACCUGCAGUGUUGA